AUGCGUCCCUUCUACUUCCGCAGCGGCGAGUACUUCCUCCAUUUCACCGAGCUAUGCCUCGUCACCUACCCGUCCCCCCUAGACCGCAAUGCUCCCCUUCCUAAUAAGCUCUCCCUUUUGCUUCUCGCUGGCAUCAUCGAGUACGCCGUCUCCUCUGUCCUGGCCGACCUCGCCGCCACCUUCGCCUGGAUGCUCGCCGGCGCUGUGAGGAGCAGCGUCACGCCCGACCCCCCCGACCGAGGCCAGGACCUAGUCCUCUUGUCCCUCUUUCUGCUGAGCUUUGGGCUGCGCACGCGACAGCUGCUUCCCCGCCCGGGGCGCCCUGACGCGCUGCUGCGCCGGGCCGCCCGCUAUAUCUUCUGGAACAGCCCGGCCGGGGUGUGCCACAUGGCUAUAGUACUUUGGUCGUGGGUGUCGGGCUCGCCCCGCUUGCGUAUCAAGACGCCCCGGUAUUUCUGGGUGCUUAUUGCGCCGACGCUCGAGUUGGGCGAGGUCCACUUAGAGGUAACGGGGAGCAAGGGUCGCAAGAGCUUCAUGUCCAUUCUUUGGUACUCGCUCGGCAUAGCGCUUUUGAAUGCCCUUGUCAAGGCGCUGCCCACGUUCUUGGUCGGACUGGCCCUCAUUGCGCAGGACGCAGCUCCUGUGUCGCCGCGGGAUGUAAUUCUGAAGCGGGACUCGCCCAUUGCAGGACUUGGUCAUCGUCCAGUUUUCAUAGCCGUCAAAGAGGGCUUGGAGGCGCUGGAAUGUGACCUGUCGAGGAUGCUGGCGCGGCUUGUUCAUGUGGGAGCCGCUUCUUAUCAGCAGGCUCUGGACCUGCUGGCCCGACUUGUUCUCCAACCAGACCCGCGACGACAUCAGGUUGCAACCAGAAAGCUGGACGCGCAGGGUUUCCGUCUGCUCACGAUCCUCCCAGGCUGCGGCAGCAGCCCUGUCCGCUGCUCCCUCCGCUGCCACUCCGUCGAUGACAAGUCGUUGAAGUACACGGCUAUCUCGUACAGCUGGGGAAACGACCAGCCAAGCCACGCAAUCAUUGUCAACGGCCAGCCGCACUCCGUCACCAAGUCUGCCUUUGACGUCCUGCACGCCCUGCGCUCGUGCUACCGCAGCAGAACCGUCUGGAUCGACUACAUCUGCAUCGACCAGGCCGUGCACGGAGACAAGGCGCAGCAGAUCCCCCUGAUGCCACGCAUCUACGAAAACGCCUCCCGGGUCGUCGUAUGGCUGGGCCACUCUAAGACGGCCGACCUGGCCACCGCCCUCGUCAACCGCAUGUUCCUGGUCAACCGCCUCCGCCAGACGGGACACGCGAAGCUCCCGGACUACCGGAUGCCCGUGGAUGCCGCGCGCGCCCUUAAGAGGAUGCUCCGGACAAGCUGGUUCACCCGCGUCUGGGUCAUCCAGGAGGUCGUCCGCGCGCGACGCAACGUCAUCAUCCGGUAUGGCGAUUCCUCGCUGAGCUGGGAACGGUUCAGCUGGUUCACGCAGUCUUUGCAGCUGGACGCCGACCAGCUGGGCGUGCUGGCGCGCCAGAUCGGCCACUCGGGCCUGGCCGGCGUGGCGGCUCUCCAAAAUGUCAGCAUGGUGCGGCGCUUCGCCCUCGUCAGGGACGAGACGCUCUCGCUCGUGUUUUAUCUCGCGGCCAUCUAUCGCUCGUCGUCCGUUUUUGACGCCUCCAAGCCGCACGACCGCAUCUAUGCUCUGUGCGGACUCUCGAGCCUGUCCAACGUCUACCUCACGCCAGACUAUGCCACGCCGCUGCGCCAGCUCUUCGUCGACGUAGUAAGAAACGCCCUUGUCACGACGGCGCCCCGGAAUCAGCUUGCCUUUCUCACCCACGCUGGCUCGGGGUACAACCCGACCGUGCCGGGACUUCCCUCCUGGGCGCCAGACUGGACGGUCCGCCUGACGAGCGAGCUCUUCAUAGGGACCGAGGGUGGUGCAGAGCUGCUUGCCUCCAGUGCCGUCAAAGCCGUCAUGGAGGAUGCCGCUGCUCUUGCCAGUUUUGGCCAGGAAGACGAUCCGGAGCGCACAGAACAGCGCCUGCAAGCUACUCGAGACCGAAUCGCCCGUGUGGCAGACCAGAUGAGGAGGAUGCUCUACGACGCCACGCCGUCGACCGAGUCGUGCGUCACCUUGCAGCCCGACAAUAUUCUCGAGCUAAAAGGACGUCGUGUCGACCGUCUUAUCGCCCUCGGCAAGCCGUAUCCCGUGUCCGGCACCACUCACGAGUCCCUUGCCAUAUUGGCCGAAUGGAGGCAUCUGUUCCGCAUGUCAUUCAAGAAAGCUGAGGCGACAUCAGAGGCCGACAUGGCCAACCUGUUCUUUUCCAUUCUUCAUCAGGAACGAUCUGAAACCCGGCUCGACUACACUUUUGGUAGAAUGCCGAAAGAUCCGUUGCAGGCGUACCCGCCAGGCAUACCAGUCCAGGUCUGGCGACGGCUGGCAAUGGGACACUUCAACGAACCAACCUGUUCUGCCGAGGUGCAGGAGUUCUACAAGCUCCUCGCCCUGGUCCUUCGGCGAGUUUGCGGCGGUCGUCGCUUUGGCCUCACGAGCAACGGCUCCUUUGGAUUGUUCUUUCCGUCCAACGAGCUUGGUGACUGGGUGUGCUUGUUUACCGGUGCAAGACUGCCGUUUAGCAUACGGGCCGCGAGCACGAUGCCUUUAAACACGUUUGAGCUGGUUGGGCCGGUGUAUCUUCAUGGCUAUAUGCAUGGGAUUCUCGGCGUACCCAAUCUGUGGAACGAGGUCAUCCGGCUUAGAUAG